UAAAAUAAAAGUUUGAGACCCAUUCCAACUGAUUUUUCUGUAGAUAUUAUUUGACAAGAUGGGACGUAUUUUGAAAAAGAAGACAGUGUUCAAAUUGUUUCAUUUGAUAGUAGCAACUGUUGUUCUUGUGUGUCACGUACAUUGUAUUGAUGAAAAUGAAGAAAAGCUCUCUGAAUGUAUGAACUUUCUAUGCACUCCACAAUACUGCUCCCAGUUGGGUUUUUCCAUCGACUGUCCAAGACGGGAAGAUCCAGAUCAAAUCAAGGACAAGUGUCAAGCAGUACUUGAAUUCGUGUGUAAAGACGGCUAUGUAAGGGAUGAUACUGGCAAAUGUAUUCCUAUGGGAAAUUGCCCAUCGUGCGGAGGUGAUCCAAAUGCAGUAUCAAGUUGUGGUAGGCAUUGUGAUCCUACGUGUUCCGACCUCAAGGGAAAUAGAGGACGGAAGGGAGGAUGUCUACCUAUUUGUAUACUUAAUUCAUGUAGCUGCAGAAAAGGCUUCAUAUUUGAUAGCAACGUGGCGCUCCACAAGUCCGAGGCCGUGUGUUUUAUGGCCGCGCGCCGCGGGAUCGCGCCACCUCCGAGUAAGUCCCAAAUAACGGCAGGAGGGGUUACCAUCGGCGUCGAGACGGCGAACUUCGUGGAGCAUUUCCGACGUUUGGCUCCUAAGUUGGAAAGGACGGGGACUAAACGCCUCCUUCCGGAGGUUAUACGCCGGGGUUGUGCGGUCCUUGGCCCUCUACGGCGCCCCAGUGAGGACGCCGAACCUGAUGCGGCGGCCCGCUCGGGCGCUGCUGACGUCACAGAGGGUCAUGGAGAUCCGAACGAUCCGCGGAGAACCGCGGAGAACGGUUUACCGGGGCUCCGGCUCGAAGACGGGACCAAACGCCUCCUGCCAGAGGUUAUACGCCGGGGUCGUGCGGUCCUUGGCCCUGUACGGCGCCCUGUGAGGACGCCGAACCUGAUGCGGCGGGCCGCUCGGGCGCUGCCGACGUCACAGAGGGUCAUGGUGAUCCGAAUGAUCCACGGAUACCACACGAUCUCUGGGGAGGCGGCGAACCUCCUUGUCGGAUUACCGCCGUGGGAUCUGGAGGCGAAGGUAUUCGCGCGCGUAUAUCUUCUGCGCGCGGAGGCACGUCGCUGGGGCGAAACUUCGCUGCCAUGCCAGAUAUGUGCGUAG